CGCUAUAAAUACCAAUGGUCUCCGUCCACCUCGCCGCCGGAGACAACCACCAAACCCACGCAUCCCCUCCCCUCCUCUUUCCACAGCAGCGCGGCGCCGAUGGCCACGGCGCACUACUACCCGCCGCCGCCGCCGCCCAUCGCCCACGCGCUUCCAAGGCCGCACGCCGCCGACAACGCCGUCGCCCUCCUCCCAGACGACGACGGCAGCAGCGACAGCGAGAGCGUGGCGGAGUCGUCGUGCCCGCGCCAGCCGACGGCGAGCGGGGACGAGGAAGAGGAUGACGACGGGUGCAGCGGCAGCUGCGUCGAGGCAGACGGGUACUGGGGCUACUACCAGCAGCAGCAGUAUCCGCUGGAAGCCGACGACGAGGAGGAGGUCAGCACGGCGAGCGUCUGGUGGAAGAAGAAACGAGCGGCGGCGGCGGCCGGUAGGGCCUGCGGCGUGUUCCCCUCGGCGGUGGGUCGUGAGGGGGAGGAGAAGAAGGCGGAGGACCCGAAGCGGGCGGCGGCGCGGCAGGAGGAGGACCGCAAGUUCUGGGCGGACUGCCUGGCCACAGGGUACCCAUGAACGAAGCCCGGGAGAGAAGCCAUGGGUCGACAUGCAAAGGCCAUGGCAAAAAGCCAUGACCACCUGCUAACCGAAACCGGAGCUCAACCCAAGCGUAUGCCCACCUCCGUUGGUUCUGUUUUUUUCCCUCCCUUUCUUUUCUUUGUAUAUACAUAUAUAUUCAACAAUUGUUUUCGCGAGAUU